UGGAGCGUUUCAACAUGGCGACGGAAGGCAAAAGACUGUCUGGUAAACAGAUUUCGGGAGAAAUCCGAAAACAGUUGCAAGAAGAUGUGUCGAACAUUCAAGCUGAACAUCCAAAUUUCAAACCAGGAUUGGCAAUUGUUCAGAUUGGUGGACGUAGUGAUUCUACUGUUUAUAUCAAUGCCAAAAUUAAAGCCGCAGAGGAGAUAGGAAUGAUGGCUAGACAUGUGAACCUGCCCAGAACCUGUACACAACAAGAUGUUCUAAAAGCAGUAGAUGAGCUCAAUAAAGAUAGCACAAUUCAUGGUAUUAUUGUCCAGCUUCCACCAGACUGUGAUAACCCAGUGGAUCCAGCCAUCGUUACUAAUGCUGUCAUCCCUGAGAAAGAUGUUGACGGGUUAAAUGACAUCAAUGCUGGACGUCUGGCCAGGGGGGAGCUUGAUAGUUGCAUYGUUCCAUGUACUCCCAGGGGUUGCCUGGAACUGAUCAAGAGGACAGGCUAACUGGAUCAAGCCAGGUGCAGUUGUGAUUGAUUGUGGCAUCAAUGUUAUACCAGAUGCAACCAAGAAAAGUGGUACUCGUCUGGUUGGUGAUGUUGAUUUUCAUGGAGCUCAAAUGAAAGCCAGCUGGAUAACUCCUGUACCUGGAGGUGUCGGUCCGAUGACAGUUGCCAUGCUUAUGAUGAACACAGUGGAYGGCGCAAAGAAAGCUCUUCAUCAACAAAAGUGACAUAGAAAUAUCAAAGGCUCAGUAUCCAAAGGAUAUAGCACAGCUGGCCAGUGAAAUUGGAGUCAAGAAAUCUGAGUUGGAGUUGUAUGGGAACAAGAAAGCUAAAGUAUCCCUGAAUGUCCUGGAAAGACUCAAAGAUGUUGAAAAUGGAAAAUACAUUGUGGUGGCUGGUAUCACRCCCACACCAUUUGGAGAAGGAAAGAGCACCACUACAGUAGGACUAUCACAAGCCAUGGGAGCACACCUGAAGAAGAACUGCUUUACCUGCAUCAGACAACCAUCUCAAGGACCUACAUUUGGAAUAAAAGGUGGUGCCGCUGGUGGAGGGUACUCUCAAGUCAUUCCAAUGGAAGAGUUCAACCUUCAUCUGACGGGUGACAUUCAUGCCAUUACUGCUGCAAACAACUUGCUUGCUGCUGCCAUCGAUACAAGAAUCUUCCAUGAAGCCACUCAGAAGGAUGAGGCUUUGUUCAACCGUCUUGUUCCUGAGAAGAAAGGCAAGAGAACGUUCUCUAACGUGAUGCUUAAAAGACUAAAGUUAUGGACACCAAUGACCGAUUCUUGAGGAAGAUCACUAUAGGACAGUCACCAACAGAGAAGAAUAUGACCAGAGAGACCCAGUUUGAUAUAACAGUUGCCAGCGAGAUCAUGGCUAUUCUGGCUCUAACAACUGAUAUCAAAGACAUGAGAAAAAGGCUKGGUGAUAUUGUAGUCGCAAGCAACAAGGAAGGAGAUCCCAUUACUGCUGAUGAUUUGGGUAUUGGAGGAGCCUUGACUGUCCUMAUGAAAGAGACUAUUAAACCCAACUUGAUGCAGACCCUUGAGGGUACCCCAGUGUUUGUACAUGCUGGACCGUUUGCUAACAUCGCUCAUGGAAACUCAUCCAUAUUAGCAGACAAGAUAGCAUUGAAGCUUGUGGGUCCUGAAGGAUUUGUCUUUACAGAGUGUGGUUUUGGUGCAGAUAUUGGGAUGGAGAAGUUCUUUGAUAUCAAGUGCCGAUACAGUGGACUCAAGCCUCAUGCAGCCAUCAUUGUAGCAACUGUAAGGGCACUCAAAAUGCACGGCGGAGGCCCAAAGGUCGUGGCUGGACAACCUUUAGCAGAAGAAUACACAACAGAGAAUCUAGAUUURAUACGAAAAGGAAUGUGCAACCUGUCUAAACAAAUCGAGAAUGCAAGACUGUUUGGUGUUCAGGCUAUUGUUGCUGUUAACCGAUUCCAUACUGAUACAGAUAACGAGGUGGCUUUAGUGAUUGAACUGUCUAAAGCAGCAGGAGCAUUUGAUGCCAAGGAGUGCACACACUGGGCUAAUGGAGGUUCUGGUGCGGUAGAGCUAGCUGAAGUCGUUAUCAAAGCUCUGGAACAACCUGUGCAGUUUAAUUUCCUGUAUGACCUACAGUUGCCGGUUGAAGAGAAGAUACGUAUUAUUGCACAGAAAGUGUAUGGAUCUGAUGAUAUCGAGCUCUCCCCUGAAGCGCAGGAAAGAAUUGAACGUUAUAAAAAGCAGGGAUUCAACGAUCUUCCUAUCUGUGUGGCCAAGACUCAUCUCUCCUUGUCCCAUAAACCUGAACUAAAAGGAGUUCCUGAAGGAAUCAUUCUUCCAAUCAGAGAUGUUCGUGCCAGUGUUGGGGCUGGAUUCCUGUACCCACUAGUAGGAACAAUGAGCACCAUGCCUGGAUUACCCACAAGACCUUGCUUCUAUGACAUUGACCUUGACCUUGACACAGAAGAAGUUAUUGGUUUAUUCUAAACAAUCUUUUCUCAACUUUCAUAUCAAGUUCAUUAAUCUCCAAAUAUUGAGCCCUUUUAAAUUCAUAGCUUGAUAAUCUCAUUUUGAUUCACAAUAGAGACACUUUUUUUCCUGAGAUAGCCGUUUUCUGCGGGGGAAAACAUACAUGUUGUUUGUUCUUCAUCAAGAAAAAAAUACUGCAUUAAAUUUGCAUAUUAGAACAAAAA